UCCACCAGGCAGUGGCGCGCACGAGAGUGGAGUGAACAAACGCUUUCGCACGUGUUUGGCAGUGUUCAUUUCCGCGUGGGUAGCGAUGAACAGGACCAGCCAGUGACUUUACGCCUGGAUGAUUACUUUUACUACUGCAACCAGCUGGCCGGGGCAGAUGAUAACCCCAUCUACCUGUUUGAGCACACAGACGAAUCGUCCACUCCGGGUGUCCUGGGUGCAUACACCAUCCCAAAGUAUUUUGCGUCUGGCCAGGACUUGUUUUCGGUCCUCUCGGCCGAGGAGCGACCGCCGCAUCGGUGGGUGCUGAUGGGCACGCGAAGGUCUGGGUCUAGUAUACACCAGGACCCUCUCUUAACGUCUGCAUGGAACACGUCGCUGUAUGGUCGCAAGAGGUGGAUGUUGUUUCCGCCAGAGUGUCGUAAGGUGCAUCUGGCGCCGUGUGAGAUAGGUGAGCUGUGGCCCGCCCGUUUGAAAGGGCCGUCUGCGUGGUUUGAGCACAUGCUGCCCAGGAUACGCGGAGACGACUGGAGGGGAAGUGCGCCUGUGGAGAUACUCCAAGACGCGGGAGAGACUGUCUACGUGCCAGCGGGUUGGCACCACGUGGUCCUUAAUUUGGACUCGUGUGUGGCUGUGACGCAGAAUGUUGCGGUGGUGCAUGACUUCGAGCGCAUUAAAGACAUUAUGCGCAGAAAACGUCCCGACAUCGUCGAGCAGUGGCUACAGUUGGUGGCUGCUCAGUGGCCCAUUCUCGACUGCACAUAGAUGCGCGGCGCCGUGGCAUCUGUAGUGGUUGCUAUGGCGUAUACAACGGUUGCUAUGGCCUGUGAAGUGGUUGCUAUGGCGUCGGUAAUGGUUGCUAUGGCCUGCGUAGUGGCUGUUGACUGUACGCUGGUGCUAAGAACGUAGACGGUUGUUAUAUAUGGGCCUACAGAGCCCCUCCAAUGAUUGGUAGUGACCUUUCGGCUGUAUCGAGGAAGUGACGCUCCGCAGAUGAUUGGGGUGACGCGUGAGAGUGUGUCAAAUGGCAAGUACAACGCGUGUCAGCUGCAACACAGCACAAGCGUCUGCGUUCAACCGGCCUGUUUAUGACAGCCUUCAAGGUUUUAGGUGUUUAGUUGCGAUGAUAAAUAGGCCACCGAAUGGGAAACAGUGGAUCAUUCGGUCACCGAAUAGGUUGCCACCGGCGCAUACUGUUUCCAUUCGCACUUACCUGAACGCCCCCGACUGCUGUCGUGCUGUUGGGAGACGUAUGUAUAUGCACUGCACAAAUGUCACGCUGCAAGGCUGGCCAACAAGUGCGACUCACUCACACACAAGGAUGUGUGGAUCAACUACUGCUUAACACCCUAUAACCCUAAACCCCUAAACCCUAUGUGUGCGUACUAUGUAUUUUUGCGUGUGCAUAAAUAAACUGGUCUGUGACCCUCUCGAAUA